CUCGAUAGUCUCAGUCAUGCCCUCAUCUCAUAUCUGCCCAAGAUGUCCGCUUUGGAGUUGCUAAAGGCCGUCUCCUGGCUGUGUCUGCUGAACCACUUCCCCGCGCCGAUCCUGGAGCAUCUCUUGAGUGUUAAUACGUUGGAGCAGCUGGCAUCCACAAAGUACCCGAAGAGCAUGGAGCGUUUGUUCCAGAGAGUGGAUCUAUGUCUCCGUCUUGACCGUCCUGCCCUUCCUCAGCCGCUCACCGUCCCCCCAUCCGCCCUGGGAGACCCCGCUCCCCUCGCUCCGUCGGUAAACCCGCGGCUCUCACAAAGCCUGCAGAGCGCGUUGGCAGACGAGGCGAACGCAGCGCUGCAGGAAAUGCUGGUGGUGGAGAACUUCUACAUCCUAGACGCCGUCGUAACCAAACCCCGUCCGAACCAACCGCGCGCGACGGGAACGAGCAGCAUCUCUCCAGCAGAGAGCAGUCAAAGAAUUGCAGUCAUUUACACACCAAACUCUAGUCUUUGCUUCGGUACCUCCCACCCUCGUGGCCCCCUCGCUGUCAAGAUUCGUCACCUGAAGAUCCUGGGAUACACUCCGGUUUUGGUAACAGAGCAACAUCUACAGUCUUUGUCUGAGAAGGAGAGGACAGAUGUCAUACGAGGACUCAUAUUUCCAGAAGACGCAUCAGAAACUCAACCAAAAGUCGAACACGUUGGAUCCUAAACCCUGCAGUCUGUGUAAAACGGGACUGAAGAGUCACACAUGGCUCAGAUUUUACUGUGCAAAUUAAGAGUUUGUUAAAAUGAAAACUUGUUU